AUGGCACAUGAAUCACAAGAGGCGGAUGAGAAGAAGUGGCCUCCCCAUGUAGAACAUAUAUUUAUUGAGAUAAUGUUGGAGGAACAAGUUAAGGGUAACAUGCCAAACGGUGUGUUCAAGGGUCCUACAUGGGCAUCAAUUACAAAUGAACUUAACCAAAGGACCGGGAAAGACUUUAUCUUUAAGCAAGUUCAACAGAAGCAUAAUAGGCUCCGACUCAAACAACGCAAGUGGAGCCAGUUGCUAAGACACACGGGGUUGGGGUGGGACGAGCAAACCCAAACAAUUACUUGUGAUGACGAGGUGUGGCAGAAUGUGAUUGCGGGCAAUCGUGGUGCAGCUAACUUAAGGAAACAGGGAUGCCCAGACUACCCAUCACUGCAGCAGUUAUUCGCCCCUAGUACUGCGACUGGGAACCUGCAGAUCUCCUCAAACACUCCUCCCCUGAAUAGUGACGAGGAGCGUGCCCUAGAGGAAGAGCUUGCCAAUGCCAAUGUCAAUGCAAGUGCACCCAUCAAUGUGGACGAUGACUGUUAUACUCCUAACUUUGACAGUUUCCCGCAAAAUGUAGAGGAUGUUGAGGUUGAGGAGGUAACCCAACGGGCGGAAAAACGUCCUGUGCAAGAUGCAAGUGGCAAGGGUAAGAAGGUCUUGAAGAAGUCGGAUAAGCUAAGUGAACUAACUGUGGCCCUAAAGGACUACACCUCAAUGACGAAGGAUAGGUUCAGUGGUAAACUCGGCAAGGCCAGCGGUUCAUCCGAGCAGUUCGCCCAAUCCGGCAUAGGGGGUGAUCCUUGUUCACUUGGCAAGGCAAUUCAGUUGCUGAAUACAUAUGAGGAUCUAAGUAACAAGGCCUCUGUCAAGGUGUCAAAGGUUCUGCAGCAACCGGAUAAUAGGGUAGUGUUUAUGGGUAUGCCGGAGCAUAGGAGGAAGACUUGGAUUGAGGACAUUCUAAACCCGGAGGAGGAUUGA